GAUAUACCCCAAGUGAUUUCCCAAAGAAAUUGUUAGAAUUGCAAAAAGAAGCACAUUAUAAACAAUAUAUAUGGUCAUAUGAAGAACACAUUAGAGCACUACCAUCACGACAGUUCUUUUUUAUACGAAAAUAGGAAAUAAAGCUUGACUUCCCAGCGACUGGGCGAUCUUGUUUCAGAUGCCGCCUAUAACCCAACGCAGGAGCACGAAGGUUAGUGGCAGUAACGGUGGACGCUUCUUUCCGAGUCUAAAUUUUUUUUUUUACCGGUCACUGCUUCAUUUUUAUCAUUUCGUCAAAUUCACGUCUCAGGCUACCCGGGCUACGAGUACGAGUAUCGAGUUGCUGGCACGCGAAUGCCGCACCCGAGUAACAAAGAUCGUAGAAAGGCGGAAGCUUCGACGAACACGGAUCCAUGGCCAAGCGAUUUUGAAAAGGACAAAGGAUCGUUCUUCCUGGACCGGAUACUCCUCUGGACGCUGGCCUUCGUUGUCGUGUUCGCCAUGAUUGUCUGUGUUGUGGCCAUCUACGCCACGCGGGUAAGCACGGACUCGACGACGACAGUCGAGCCUACGCCCUCCGCAACGGAGGACCUGCUGGACGAGAUGGCCAACGCGAAAGACGUCUUGAGGGACGUGUUCAUAACCUCCACCCCGGGGACCACGACGUCUCCCAUUUUGGCGGAGACGGAUUCCGACUAUGAAAUCACUACGACGGAGGAUAAUAUAGAACCACCCCCGAGCACCACCUUCGACUACUCAACGGAGGUAGAGCGACAAUCGGAUGGCUCCAGUGAUACAGUCGUCAUAAGUGGCAGCAAUGGCACAAAAUCCUGAGGGCAGGUAGCUCCGUGAAAGACUUUCAAGGAGAAGCACCACCUAGGUGUCUUCAAGAGGACAUAACAAAAAAAGAACACCUGCAGCAUGACAUAAUCCGCCUACUGCUUCCAUGCACUGUCUGACUAUUAGCAACACAUGUGCCAACAUAACAACCAGGUUUUAACAUUAUGAAUGGGAGAGGGACUUGAUGACGCAUUAGUUUGAAAGAAAAGAUUACGCUUAACCUAGAUGUCGGUCGCUUCGCAUAUAGUCACUAGUGACAACUUCAUGCGCAUAUGGUGCGACUGUUAAGUAGAUAGAGAAAGGAGUUUUUGAACAUCAAAGGGUGCCUAUAGUUUAGGCAUGAAAAUAUGAAAAAUUUUUAUGUUACGACGACUCGACGGAUUUACGGAACAUAGCGCAGAUCCGUAAAUGGUCCUGUUGAAAAUAUAAGAAUAAAGCUUUGCCUCCAAGAUUAUUUUAAGAACGUGAGAAUAACAGGGAAGGUUUCGCGCAUACUUACAGGUUGAGUGAAUGACAUGACUAUGCAACCUAAUCGUACACUCGCUUUUUUCUGUUUUCGGUAGAUUUGAAAAAAAAAGUGUAAUACCAUGUGCCGCGGUGAUGAAUGUCGACGGAAUUUCACAUCAUUUGCUCAGAUGCUUCCACGGCCGAGAAUAGUGAUACCCGACGAAGACCCUGGGCGUUUACAAUUUUGUGUCAACACGUUCUCCGGAAACCUUGUAUAUUCGUUGCUCACUGCAAACAAUAGCUUGUGCAGUAAUUUUGAUUGAUCCA